GGGCCGGACGGCGGGCCCGAGGACGCGCUGGGGCUGCGCGGCGUCCCAGGCCGAAGGAAGGGCUGAGGAGGGCACCGCAGGCCGGGGCUUCCCGGCGCUCCUCCCCGGGCCGGGGCGCGGGCCUCUCGGAGCGCGGCCCCGCUCUUCGGAGUGGACGGGCGGAGCACGCGGCGCCCAGCCCUCACCCACGGCCACUUCCCCCACCCGCGACGAGCUCGGGCCGCCGCAGGCCCCGACGGUAAAAACUCCGUCUAAUGUCCUCGCGUCGCUCCCACCCCGCCGAGCCGCCGUCUUCCGAUACAGCCAAUAGAAACAAAGGCCUCCGACCGGUGGGCGGGAUCUCUCUGAGUAGCCAAUAGCAGCUGAGAAUCUUUAGCCCUCCACCAAUUACGCGGAGAGGUGGGCGGAGCCCCCCGCCAGACCCGAAGCUUCCCGAGGAAGCGGGGCGGCGCGCGGCGCGUCGUGAACCCAUGUGGCGGCGGCUGUGGGCCCCGGCGGCCCGGGCGGCCCGCGGGCCCGGCAGCCGCAGAGCCCCCGCCCCGGGACGCGCCGGGCUGCGCACCGCCGCCCCGUCCUCCGGCGCCACCAUCUUCGCGCUGAGCUCCGGCCAGGGCCGCUGCGGCGUCGCCGUGAUCCGGACCAGCGGCCCGGCCAGCGGCCUCGCCCUGCGCAGCCUCGCGGCGCCCCGGGCGCUGCCCCCGGCCCGGAGCGCCCGGCUGCGCCGCCUCCGCGACCCGCGCUCCGGGGAGCCGCUGGACCGCGCGCUCGUGCUCUGGUUCCCCGGUCCCCACAGCUUCACCGGCGAGGACUGCGCGGAGUUCCACGUGCACGGCGGCCCGGCCGUGGUGAGCGGCGUCCUGCAGGCCCUGGGCAGCGUCCCCGGGCUGCGGCCGGCUGAGGCCGGGGAGUUCACCCGCCGCGCCUUUGCCCACGGGAAGCUGAGCCUGACGGAGGUGGAGGGGCUGGCGGAUCUGAUCCACGCAGAAACCGAGGCGCAGCGGCGACAAGCCCUGAGACAGCUGGACGGGGAGCUGGGCGAGCUCUGCCGCCGCUGGGCAGACACUGUCACCAAGGCUCUGGCCCACGUGGAGGCCUACAUCGACUUUGGGGAGGAUGACAACCUGGAAGAGGGUGUGCUGGAGCAAGUGGACAGUGAACUGCGGGCACUGGAGGCAGCACUGGGCGCCCAUCUGCAAGAUGCCAGGCGUGGGCAGAGGCUGCGCUCAGGGGCUCAUGUGGUGGUUGCUGGACCUCCCAACGCGGGCAAGAGCAGCCUGGUGAACCUGCUCAGCCAGAAGCCUGUGUCCAUCGUGUCCCCAGAGCCGGGAACUACUCGAGACGUGCUAGAGACUGCAGUGGACCUGGCUGGGUUCCCUGCGUUGCUGAGCGACACGGCAGGGCUGCGGGAAGGCGUGGGACCUGUGGAGCAGGAGGGCGUCAGACGUGCACGGGAGAGGUUAGAGGAGGCUGACCUCAUCCUGGCGGUGCUGGACAUCUCUGACCUAGCUUCUCCCCAGAGUCGCGAUUUUCUGGACAGCAUCAUCACCCCCCACGGAGCUCAGGGCCUCACUGGUAGUGGCCAGCGCCUCCUGCUGGUCCUGAACAAAUCUGACCUGCUGCCCCCUGAGGGUCAGGGUUCCCGUCCGUCCCUGCCUCCCUAUCUCCUGCUGUCCUGCCGCACUGGAGAGGGUCUGGGCUGCCUCCUGGAAGCCCUGAAGAGGGAGCUGGCUUCAGUGUGUGGGGACCCAGCCAGGGGCCCACCGCUGCUCACACGAGCCAGGCACCACUACCACCUGCAGGGCUGCCUGAAGGCCCUGGGCCACUACAAGCAGGCAGGAGACCUGGCCCUGGCGGCUGAGGCCCUGCGCGUGGCCCGGAAGCACCUCGCCCACCUCACCGGUGCAGGGGGCACAGAGGAGAUCCUGGACGUCAUCUUCAGGGACUUCUGCGUGGGCAAGUGAAGCCUCAUCAAGGCCCGCUGCGGUCCUCAUGCCCCUCAGGCUGUGAGCUCCCUUCGGGCCCUUGCGGGCAUUGCGGGUGUGGUGCUGGUGUCCCCAGGAUUGUGCAUGCUCCGCACAUGUACCCCUCUGAGCGGUACCCCAGCUGUGUGUGCCUGUGCGUUGGGUGGGGAGGGAAUUCUGCCUCAGUCUCAGGAGAGCAUGAGACGCUGAGUGGAGGCCCACAGGACACAGGUCUGCCGUGGGCUCCUGACCGGGCUCUGUCCAGGGCCCCCUCUGCAGUGGACACCAUGAAGGACCGACACCAGACACCCAACAGCCUGGUUCCUGCCUGCCCCUCCCCAGAGGCACACAUCCCGCCGCAGCCCUGGGCCUCCACCCUGAAAGGAAGGUGUUUGGGGAGCCUGAGGUAGCAGUGAGCAGCCAGCAGAGGGCACCCCAUCCACACUGGAGGCGCCCGGCCUGCCGUGGAGAACUCCCUCACGGAGGUUCCUGCAAAGCCUGCAUGCAGAGGGGUGCUCCGGCCGCAGCGGGGCGUCUUGCUGGUGCUCACUCCUCUGGCAAAUAAACUGACACCUGAGAAGGAG